AAUGCGCUUUUAUCUUGUAGAAGUGCACCCCGAUAGCAGAAACACUCAGAAGUGUUUCUAGCGCAGAAACAACUCUCCAGCGAAGCAGCACUGUUGCCAAGCGUAGCUAAUUCUCCCUCCCACCCGUCCUCUACUUUGGUACCACUUUUUGGUUUUCUCUGGUUGAAUUGGAUUUUGUUGAUGGCCAAUAGCAAAUACAAGUAUGUGAAGGAAGAGUUCGAAAAAGAAAUUGAGGAUGUGAAUGGUCGGUUGAUUCCAUGCACUUGGAUAAUUGUCAGAAUCGAUGGCCAUGAUUUUCGAAGAUUUUCUCAAGUUCAUGAAUUUAUGAAGCCGAAUGAUGAGCAAGCUUUGAACCUGAUGAACUCAUGCGCUAUGGCUUUGUUGGAAGAAUAUCCAGAUAUAGUAUACGCAUAUGGGUUCAGUGAUGAGUACAGCUUCAUUUUGAAGAAGACAUCAAAUUUCUACCAGAGGCGUGCCAGCAAAAUAGUGUCUAUCACUGUAUCUUUCUUCUCUUCUCUUUAUGUCAUGAAAUGGAAAGAAUUCUUUCCUCAGAAAGAGAUGAGGUUCCUUCCAUCUUUUCAUGGACAGAUCUUUCUCUGUCCUGAAGCUAAGGUUCUGAAAGAUUAUCUGGUGUGGAGGCGAGAUGAAUGUCACGUUAACAACCAAUAUGAUACUUGUUACUGGAUGCUUGUUAAGUCUGGGAGGACUGAAGAGGAAGCACAGAAUAUUUUGAAGGGUUCUCAAAAACAGGACAGAAAUGAACUGCUUUUCCAACAGUUCGGUGUUAACUAUGAGAAGCUACCAAUCAUGUUCCGUAGAGGAUCCUGCAUUCUCAAGGAAAAGGUGGAAGAAAUUGUGAAGUACGAUCAGGCUGGAGAUCCUGUUAGAAGAGUACGGGAAAAGCUGAUAGUGGACCACUUUGAUCCGGACUGGCUAAGCUUUUGGGCGAAGCACCCAUGUCUAAUUGAUGCGCUACUUAUACCAAAGGAGAAUUUCUGGAAAAUUUGGUCAACCAAAUGUGAUUCUGUGAAAUCCUUUGAAUUCGAAGACAAGUUGAUUCCCUCCACGUGGAUUGUUGUUCGAAUUGACGGCUGCCGUUUUCAUAGAUUUUCUGAAAUCCAUGAAUUUGAGAAGCCAAAUGACGAGCAAGCUUUGAAUCUGAUGAACUCAUGUGCAGUGGCUAUGUUAGAGGAGUUUCAAGAUUUAGUCUUCUCAUAUGGGGUCAGUGAUGAGUACAGUUUUGUUUUGAAGGAGGGAUCUCAGUUCUGCCAAAGGCGUGCCAGAAAAAUAAUUUCACGGACUGUAUCAUUAUUCUCUUCCCUAUAUGUAAUGAAAUGGAAGGUAUUUUUCCCUAGAGAAGAGCUGAAGUAUCCUCCUUCUUUUGAUGGCCGGGCUGUAUGCUAUCCAUUGGUUCCAAUUCUUCGACAUUAUCUGUCAUGGAGACAAAUUGACUGUCACAUCAACAAUCAGUACAAUACCUGUUUCUGGAUGCUGGUUAAAUCAGGAAAGACCGAAAGGGAGGCACACGAUCUUUUAAAGGGUACUCAAACACAAGAGAAAAACAAACUGCUUCUACAACAGUUUGGAAUCAACUACGAGAGACUACCAGUCAUGUUCCGUAAAGGAUCCUGUGUUUACAGAGAUAAGGUGGGAGAGAGCAUACAGGACACUAAAGGUGGAGAUCCUGUUAAAAAAUCUCUGAAGGUGAUUGUAGAUCAUUGUGACAUCAUUGGGCCUAGCUUUUGGACUGCACACCCAAGCAUCCUUGAAGGGUAGCCUUUCCACAUUAGUAACUCACCUGCAACAAUUUACAGCUAAAAUUCUAACUCUGUCCAUUCGAUCCAUUUUGGUAAUUUAUAAAACUGUAUUUGGUAGGGGGCUUGUUUAACAAUUUUUAAAUACUAGCAGAUUCUUGUUAAAAUUGAAACUGUCAUACCCAAAGUGGGAGAUGAUCUGUAUUGAAUUCUCAUGUAUGAGAACAUUUAAAUUAAAAUAGGACAGAUCCAUAGUUGAGUA